AUGUCCAAACCAAACUACCUCCCAGUGCCAAACUACACAAAGCCAUUCUGGCUAAGUCUCCAGGACACUGACCCUUUCUCCUGUUAUAAAUCCUCUGAGAGAGUUCCAGCAAAGACUGACAUAUUGAUCAUUGGCUCAGGUUAUGCAGGGACAUCAACAGCUUACAACUUAUUCAAUGAGGACCCUUCAUUAGACGUGACAAUGGUGGAGGCCAGAACUAUAUGUUCAGGUGCCACUGGUAGAAACGGUGGUCAUUUGAAACCGUAUUGUCACAGAAUGUAUUUGGAUUAUGAAGCUGCUCAUGGUCAAUUUGUUGCUGCUCAAGUUGUUAAUUUUGAAGUUGAUCAUCUAUACAAGAUUAAGCAAAUUGUCGAGAAGGAGGAAAUUGAUUGUGAUUUUGUCUUGACAAGAGCUUGUGAUGUUUAUAGAGAUUCUAAAAGAAUUGAAAAUGAUUUAAAAGCUUUUGAUAAAAUGAUGGCUAAUCCUUAUGUUCGAGAUGAUAUUAAACAAAGUAUUCAAAUGGUUAAAGGUGGUGAUGUUGCCACUAUUUCUAAAGUCCCAGAUGCUAAAUUAUGCUUCACUUAUCCUGCUGCUCAUAUUUGGCCAUGGAAAUUAAUGACUGGAUUGUUAAAGAAAUGUGUUGCUAAAGGUUUGAAACUGUAUUCAAAUACACCAGUGACAAAAGUUACCAAGUCUGAUAAAACUGGUGAAUAUAUCGUGGAGACUGAGAAUGGUUCAAUUGUUGCUAAAAAAGUUGUAUUUGCAACAAAUGGUUACACCAAGGGAAUUUUGAACCAAUUUAAUGAAGUAAUUGUCCCUGUUAAAGGUCUUGUUACACAUAUUAAGCCAAAUGAUCCUUCAAAACCAAUCCCACAACUACCAAACACUUAUGGAUUAUUUGACCGUGUUGGUCUAAACAGUGAUUAUUUGAUCAAUAGAUCUGAUGGUGGUGUUAUUGUUGGUGGUGCAAGUAAUUUAAUGAUUAAGCCAAAUGGUGAUUAUUCUGAAUUGUUCAACGUUACAGAUGAUUCAUAUUAUCCCGAGAGAGCUGCUCAACAUUUACAAGGUUAUAUGCAAAAAUUCUUCUCCACUUGGAAAGAUUUCAAAACUGUUAAUGAUUAUACUUGGAGUGGUAUUUUGGGGUUCACUAAUGAUAAGUUCCCUUAUGUUGGUGAAUUGGAUUUUGUUGGUAUGCGAAAUGCAUAUAUCGUUGCUGGAUUUUCAGGUCAUGGUAUGCCUAGAGUUUACCUAAGUGGUAAAGCUAUCGCAGAUUGUAUCACUUCUGGGAAAUCAAUCCAACAAGUUGGUGUUGUUCCUGAAUGUUUUUAUGCCAGUGCAAAGAGAUUAGCCAAAGCUGAACAUGAUUAUCAAAAGGAAAUUGAAAAUCAUAUAAAGAGUCGUUUGUGA